CUCUUCAGGUUUUGUUUUUGGUCUCCACCAACUCCUGAGGGAAAUAUCUGAUUCUUUAGCUGCUAAAUUCUCCACUAUAUUCACCAGCAGCUUGUUGCUAACUGUUUAGUGCUCAGCAGGUAUUGUACAGUGGGUUUUUAGAGUUUUUUCACUGAAACAGCAGCCUACUCCGGCCAAAAACACUAUGAAAUCAGCACAAAUAACCGUCCUAAACAGUAAACUUGUGGGCUUGACAGCUAAACAAUGAGCUAAAACUCACUAUAAAGCUCUUUAAUAACAAAGGGAGGUGCCAACUUGGACAAUAACUUUCUGUAGGUUUAUCACCACAGACCACCCCAUUGUUUUGUUGUUUUCUCACAGGUGCAACCUCAGACCAGUGAGACUGGUAACCCUUGUGUGCCUAAUGUUGAGGACUGAGGCCCAGAUACCAGAGCUCUGCCUUCUUAGUGACACAAACAGACCCCCAGAAAACUCUGACAUAAAUGUGGUCUGCGGCACUGAGCACAUGGACCUGAGCAUCUACCUUUGCCCAGUGUACCAAGCUCUUUACAAUGAGUCUCUCAUGGUCCUCAAUGGAGAGUACAACAAACCUGAGUGUUUCGGGGCAGCUGACUGGAACACUGACCCACCAAUCCUAAAAUUCAGAUUCCCCAUAAAUGAAAGUUCCAUCGCAUCCUGCAAUAAUAACUUUAAGAUAAUCGAUCGGAUCGGAAGCGGAGUGUUUUCUGACUUCUCAAAUGUCCAGUACGUCAACAUCUCUGGGACUGUUACCUCUGUAGACCCCUCUACAGGUAUGAUCACCUAUCGUCCGCAGAUCCUGUACAAGUUCUCCUGCCUCUACCCAAUGCAGUAUCUCCUGAACAACACUCAACUGGCUGUAUCCGGAGUGAAUCUUGCAAUAAGAGACAACAAUGGUAGUUUCAUCAGCACACUGAGUAUGCAGCUCUACAAGGACGAAGGGUACCAAGAGUUACUUACUAUCCCACAAACAGGACUCAACCUGAAGACCAAGGUUUAUGUUGCAGUUGAAGCUACAAAUCUAACAGACAGGUUCAAUGUGCUGCUGGACAGAUGUUACGCUACAACAAGUCCAUAUCCUGUGCAGAGCACCUAUUAUGACCUUAUUAUGGGGUGUACUCGUGGUGCACAAACAAAGGUGGAGCUCAACGGGGUGUCUCAGAAGGCAACAUUCUCCUUUGAGGCCUUCAGAUUUGUGGAGCACAAAAAUCAGACGGUUUCCACAUUCUACCUGCACUGUGCCACCAGACUCUGUGAAGUGUCCUCGUGUAGCGAAUUAAUACCUAAUUGUAGCCCUGGCGUUGGCCGCCGGAAAAGAGAGGCCCAGUAUGUGUCAAACAGAACUACAGUCACCUCGCCCGCCAUCCUCGUGACUGAACAGAGAAGUGAUGUGACUGAUGGUCUGAGUACCACAAAUAGCCCUUCAUACUAUCAGACUGAAGAAAAUCACAAAUACAAACCAGAUCCUCAAGUUUCCUCAGUUCUUAACGGUACAUCAUCCCGCGGCAUGAGCAGCUGCAGCAUCCCUGUGGUGGCUGUAAUUGUCUGCAAUGUCAUCUUAACUAUGUUUUUCUCCACCUGAAAACCAAAAAGAAACAAUCAUAUAUCCUAAGGGAGAGAGAGAGAGAGAGAGAGAGAGAGAGAGAGAGAGAGAGAGAGAGAGAGAGAGAGAGAGAAAAGGUAGAGUCUCUUCACUUCUCUCUGAAACUCUCUUUAUCAUCUACAAUGUCCACUGUGUUGUCAGUACUAUCAUACUGUAGUGUAAUACGGUAGAAAAUGAGAUGUUUAGCUUCUCUAUUUCACAAACACAACCAGGUGGUCAGCAGUUAUCUAUACUUACAAUUUGCAAGAGUGCUUCACCAAAGUACCAAAAAAAAAAAAAAAAACAACAUAUUUUCUCACUUAUCCACCGGUGGUACUUGGCCAUGUGGAUAGCUUUUGUUUUAUUUGCCAGGUUUUAAGACAUCUGUCACUGACAUUUCCAUUUGAUAUAACAGUUCUUUAUGUAAUCUUGGUCAAUAGUGUCUUUAUAACAUAACACCAAGGAUUAAUGUGGAGAUGGGGCCACAGAAUUAGUAAAAUAAUAUUUGAUUAUAAAUAAAUGUUGGUUUUAAUUAUUACAGAAUCUAAUGAAUAAUAACACCCAAAUAGUGUACUUUUAAAACAUGUUCCUAGAAGGUAUAUUUAAUUGGUACCAAUUACCUGCCUAAUGAAUAAUUAAUUCCCUUUUUCCAACUGGUCUGACACUGUAACUUUGAAAAAAAAAAAGUCAUGCUACCUGGUUUGUGAGGUUAAAUACUAACAUUAGACAAUUAUAAACGUGCUGAAGUUAAGCAGACGUUUACCAUGUUCACCAUCUUGAUGGCGAUCCAUCUGAUAGUUAAGACAUUUUUUCAAGAGAAUCAUGAAUGUUUCUAGUCUACAAAGUUUUGUGUCAAUUGAUCAGGUAGAUGUUGAUUUAAAUUUUGACAUGGAGCAUCAACUUUCCAUUCAAAACCAGCAUGUUAUUCAGACAUUUGUAGGUUAAUUUCUACUCUAACACUGACAUUUAUCAGAAUAUGGGAUACAAAAAAACAAAAAAUAAACAAUUGUGAAAGUU